AUGACUACAAUAGAUGCACACAAGGUGCAAUGUGUAGAUCUGAAACAGAAACCCUAUUUGGAUCUACCUCAACCAAACUCAUUCAGCAGCAUUACCCCAUUCCCAAUUCUCCAUCCCUUGCACUACACAACCAUGUCUCUCAAUCUUCGUCAGAAACAAACAGAAUGCAUCGCUCGAAUGCUGAACCUGAACCAACCCAUCAACUCGACGGGAACGGCGAACGAAGAAGUGUACAAGAUACUGAUAUACGACAAGUUCUGCCAGAACAUUCUCUCCCCAUUGAUCCACGUCAAGGACCUUCGCAAACACGGUGUCACUCUCUACUUCCUCAUCGACAAGGAUCGCAAACCCGUUCACGACGUUCCCGCCGUUUACUUCGUUCAACCUAACCAGUCCAACGUCCAACGAAUCGUUUCCGAUGCUUCUCGAUCGCUGUACCAGAGUUUACAUCUCAAUUUCUCAACCUCUAUCCCUCGCCCCCUCCUUGAAGAUCUCGCCACUGGAACCUUAAAUUCUGAUUCAAUUAGCCGCAUUUCCAAGGUCCAUGAUCAGUACCUAGAGUUUGUGACUCUCGAAGAUAACCUCUUUUCCUUGGCCCACAAUUCUUGUUAUGUUCAGCUUAAUGAUCCUUCUGCUGGGGACCGUGAAAUUGAGGAGCUUGUUGAGAAGAUCGUUGGUGGGUUGUUUUGUGUUUUGGCUACUCUUGCUGUUGUGCCUGUUAUUAGGUGUCCCCGUGGUGGCCCUGCUGAGAUGGUUGCUUCUGCGUUGGAUCAACGAAUUCGUGAUCAUUUGUUGUCUAAGAACAAUUUGUUUACUGAGGGUGGAAACUUUGUGAGCUCGUUUCAGCGCCCGGUGUUGUGUAUAUUUGAUAGGAAUUUCGAGUUGCCGGUUGCCAUUCAGCAUGAUUUUCGGUACCGGCCGCUUGUCCAUGAUGUGCUUGGUUUGAAGCUGAAUAGGUUGAGUGUGCAGGGGGAGAAAGGUGGGAUGAGAUCUUAUGAGUUGGAUAGUUCUGACUCGUUUUGGCUUGCGAAUGGAUCGCUGGAAUUCCCAGAGGUUGCAGUGGAGAUUGAGACGCAGCUGAAUAAGUAUAAGAAGGAUGUGGAUGAGGUGAAUAAGAGGACUGGUGGAACUCACGGCGCAGAGUUUGAUGGAACAGAUUUGAUUGGUAACACGAAGCAUUUGAUGAAUGCUGUGAACUCUCUGCCUGAGCUGACUGAGAGGAAGCAGGUGAUUGAUAAGCACACCAACAUUGCUACUACAUUGUUGGGUGAGAUUAAGGAGAGAUCACUUGAUUCAUAUGCGAAGAAGGAGAAUGACAUGAUGGUUAGAGGGGGCAUUGAGAGGAAUGAGCUCCUUGGUGUGCUCAGAGGGAAGGGAACAAAGAUGGAUAAGCUUCGCUUUGCCAUCAUUUAUCUUAUUUCUUCUGAAAGCAUUAAUCAGUCAGAAGUUGAAGCUGUGGAAGCGGCGCUGAGAGAGUCCGAGGUUGAUACUGCUGCUUUUCAGUAUGUGAAAAAGAUCAAGUCAUUGAAUGUUUCAUUGGCUUCGGCAAACUCUGCCAGCAGAAGUAAUAUUGUAGAUUGGGCUGAGAAGCUCUAUGGUCAGUCAAUUAGUGCAGUGACAGCUGGUGUGAAAAAUCUUUUAUCCAAUGAUAGGCAGCUAGCAUUGGCAAGGACAGUUGAAGCCUUGGUUGAAGGGAGGCCAAAUCCUGAAACAGAUUCAUACCUCUCCUUUGAUCCCCGUGCUCCCAAGUCUGGUUCAGGAGCUAGUAGCAGCCAUUUGAAAGGGCCAUUUAAAGAAGCAAUUGUAUUCAUGAUUGGUGGCGGUAAUUAUGUGGAAUAUUGCAGUCUGCAAGAGCUCGCCCAACAUCAGCAGCCUGCCAAGCAUAUUAUAUAUGGAACAACAGAAAUUCUAACCGGAGUUGACUUUGUAGAUCAGCUUACAUUGUUGGGGCAGAAGAUGGGUUUGGGUAACGUUGCUUCUACCUCAACUCAGUAGUUCAGAUGUGGAUGUAAUACAUUUCACAUUUCAGUUUGCCAAAUUAUUCUUUAAUAUACAAAGGAAAACUUUCAGACAUCGAGGUAACACAGGCAAAUUCAAUCUGCUUUUGAUGUUCAUUGUCUAGAAAAGAUGAAGGAUUUUGUGCCUUAUAGUGCCUUCUUGAUUAUAAAGCAAGGGGACUGUUUCUUGCUUUGUAGCUUCCUGUAGUAUAGUCGUAUAUGCUUUAUCUUCAUUGUAGUGAAAAGUUCUUUGAAAAGCAUGAUGUGCCUUAUAUGCUUUAUUUUCAUUCUAUAGAUGUUUCGGUCAUCGAAAAUCAUCAUGUAUUAAUCAGUGCACGUUUCUGCAAUUGGAUAUAUUCUGCUUGUCUUUCAACCAUUCUUUAAGCGUCGGGUUUAGAUUGAGUACUACCUAAAUCCUAAAUUAUCAGUAUGCAAUUAACUCUGGUCAUUAAGUUAUGUUUAUUAUCAAGGCUUAUUAUUUUUAUCUUGUUUAUAAUUUUCUAAAUUCUGUUACCCGAUGACUUCAAUUCAUCAUCCUAUUAACCAUACGACUAGCUUUGGGGUACCGAAAGCAUGAGAUAAGAUUAUUCUAUAAGGACCAGAGUUUUGCCUUUGAAAUUGACUAGUACCAAGGUCGUAUUCGGUAUGUGUUUAGUGCAUUGUGGUUAAAUCAUAACUUAAUCUCAGUCCCACCCAUAAAAUUAUAAAUGAACUUUCUUUUUUAUUUGAAGGUUAUUGUCAGUUAUGAACUGUUCCCUUUCUAGCAAGAGGCACUAAGCUAAGGAAAAAACUGAAAAGUUUGUAAACAUUGAGUUUGUGUAUGAAAUGUUCAGCAGGAAUGCUGUCAUACGCCUUCAUGAUAUUUAUGAGUGGCUUGCAUACAACAGUAGCUAUAAGCACACUUAAGAGUCACAUGGUCAUGAUACUGAUCUAAAAAUUUAGCUUAAAUAUCUAUGAAUCAAUUUUUUGUACAAUCUUAAUAAUAAAACUUUCUGAAAAUUGAUAUGGGGUAGAAAGCCCCCUAACAAUUACAUCUAAUUAAGAAUUUGUUUCAGCAUUCCGAGAAAAACCAUAAACACCCGCCGUAUCAAAUGCAGCAAUGCAAGAUCAAAUUUUGCCAUCGGGUUUGCUUAAAAAAAUAUAACUUAUCUAAUAAUACAGAUUACAUAUAAUCAUAGGCCAAUUUGCCUAAGAAGAGUGUGAUGCUUUAUUAAUGAAAGGGUUUGAUUUGACCGUAGAGAGUACGAAAUCUGUUUUCUUGUCUUUGUUUCUAUUGCAUUUUAUCUUAUCCUAUCCCAUUCUAUUUUGUGAUAUUUGAAAACUAUCGUCAAUACCUCGGCGCUAGUACUUACAAUAGCAAGUGCAUUUCUAAUGCAUUUAUUAAUUUUUCUCAGAGACCAGAAUUACUACGAGCAAAUUUAUUUGCUCUGCUAUUCUGCCCAAGCCUGGCUGAGGAAGAAUUUCUAGGCCUUAAACAGAAAAAUGCAGAUUAAAAGAUUAGGGCAUACUGUAUUUAUAUAUAUUCUUUGUAUUUCCCAUGAAUAUUUUUAUCAUUUCUUGCCUAAAUCUUAGUGAACAAGAUACAAGGUGAAGACAAUGUAACAUUUUUAUAAUUAUUAGCGAGAAGAUAAAAUAAAAAUAGAAAG